AUGGCCAACAUUUCAUCUGAUGUUCGUAAUUAUUUCAAAUUGGAACUCUUGUUAACACGUUCGCAUGGUCCACUUUGUCAGCUGUUUAAGAAUCGUUAUUCUCAAUUUAACGGUGGUCAAAUAUGGAAUGAUACACUCACAUGUGGGAAAAAUUAUUUGAAAAAUGUCAUUAAAAAAAAUAAAAAAAUAAAUUUAACACCAGUGCAAAAGGUAUCUGUUUCUAAUGGAAAUUCAAAUGAAUGGGAUUUAACUACACUAACUGCUCUUCUGAUAUACGGUGACCGCCCCAAAACACUAAAUGCAGCUGAAAUACAACAACUCGACCAAGAAAAUAAACUUUUGGAGCAACUGAGAGAUAUUCGAAAUGAUUUGGCUCAUCACGCGUCAAAAUCCGUUGCUACUGCUAAAUUUAAUCAGUGGUGGACUGAUUUAACGGCAAUUCUAGUUGCACUCGGUGAUAUAGACACUGAAUUAGAUAAACUAAAGGAUGACAGUAUUUUCGAAUCUCCUACUCAAGUAAUUAAUGAAGACAACGUGAAAGAAGCAUCACGUUUGAACUCACUUGGCACUCAAGCUCAUAAAGAUGGAAAAUUUUCCGACGCAAUCACAUUAUUUACAAAAGCAGCAGUUUUACCGAGUAUUGCAGAUCAUGACCGUGCUAUUUUCUUUUCCAAUAUGGCUUCUACUCGUCUUGCGCUGAAUGAGCAACAAGCAGGUCCUAUUGGAAGAUUUGAAAUUGACGAUCCAAGGGAUCAACGAUAUCGUGCACUGCAAAAUGCUAAACAAGCCCGAAAUCUUUGGUCUUCAUGGUGGAAAGGACAUUUGCGUGUUGGAGAAGUAUACGCUGCCUUGAAUGAACAUGAAAAAGCGAUUAAUUCACUUGAACGAGCACUGGCUCUCGAUCCCGCAAACGACAAAAUAAAGAAAGCAUUGGACGAAAAUCGUGAAAUACACAGUCGACAACUGUCGCACAACCAUCUUAAUCCAGAACAAAGACCAAUGUCGAUACCUGAACGAUUAAAUGAAAAACAGCAGAAAUUCGGUAUAGAUCCAGAGCACACACUCCUUGCUCUGCGUUUACUUGAAGAAAUCGAUCCAGCCGUAGCGGAUUUGACGCAAGGACACAGAUACGAACAUGGAGAUAUUGAUGUUAAACAAAAUUAUGAGACAGCAGCUAGGUAUUUUUCAAAAGCAGCAGGCCAAAAAAAUGCCGAAGGAUUAUAUAAUUUAGCUCGAUUGACUGAUCUUGGUCUUGGUGCGAAGAAGGAUCAUAAUUUAGCUCAAAAACUUUAUGAGCAAGCAGCCGCACAACCACCAAUGUAUUCGAAACUGAAAAAUUUUCGAAAUCCGGGUGUAGCAGAAGCUGAACAUGCUUUAGGUCAUCGAUACGCUGAAGGCAUCGGCGUUCACAAAAAUCUACAAACUGCUGUGUAUUGGUAUGAGCGGGCUAUCGCUCACGAAUAUGUUCCAUCAGCCAAUAAUUUGGCUUUGAUGUACUACAACGGUAUUGGUGUGCAAAAGAAUCUUGACAAGGCCAAACAAUUGUUUGAAAUGGCAGCUAAAAAAGGUGAAGCAAAUGCCAUGCAGAGUUUAGCAAAGAUGUUAUUGGAUAAAAAUGAACUUCAAAUGGCAGAGAUUUGGUAUGAUCGAGCGUGCGAAGCAGGCAAUAUUAUUACUCAAACUCACCGUCCUAUAUUUGAGAAACUGUUACAGGAAAAGCAGCAAGAAAUUGAUCAAUGUCGACUAAAUACUGUGAAAAGGAUUAAUGCAACAGGAAAUGUUUCAGAAUCAUGUCAAGGAAAAGAGAACAUAGAUAAACAAACUGACCAGUCACAUGUCUAUGAUUAUAACAUUUUAAUUGAACAUGCCAAUCGUGGUUCGAUGACCGCAAGGAAAAUGUGUGAUGCUCUGGAACAUUUAAAGCAAGCAUUAAAUAUAAUCAAGCAAGCAAAAACUUUAACAGAAAAUGAAGAAAACAUAUUUGUCGACGAACUGUCACUAUGCUUUCGUAUCGAACAUAUAGUCGCUCAAUUUCCUACUAUGGAAAUCGGUCGAAAAACAGAUGAAAUUGUUGAUCGUGUUCUUCGUCGAUGUGCUACGGAUACCAAAUCAACUAGUGGUGUCUCACGACUCGAUGAAGAUGUUCGAAUAUGUUACGCUGUUUUACAUAUGGACUCACUAAAAGAAAUUGCUGAGUUUCUUGGUCCAUGUCAACAAAGAUAUCCGAAAUCAAUUUAUUUUUUUCAGUUAAGUGCGGUAGUAAACUGUUCGUUAGGUCAAUAUGAGACAGCAUUGUAUGAUACUAAUACCGGAUUAGCAAUAGAUCCACAGAACUAUGAAUUAUUGUAUAAUAAAGCCGUUGCAUUGCGACUGAUAGGUAAGGAUAUGAGCGAGACUAUCAGAGCGUAUCGAGCAUUUCUGGCAGCUGCUCCCAAGGAUCAUCGAAAAGUACCCGAAUCAUAUUAUGGAAUGGCGAGUUGUUAUUUUUUGCACGAAAAGCACCAAGACAAUACCGAUAAUGUCAAGAAAAUAUAUCAACAAGGUGAAGAAGCGGAAAAACUGCAAUUACCGUGUUUUCUACCUUAUAAAUCGGACAAUAAAACCCUUAUUAAAGAGAUGCUCGAUGAAAAAUCUUCGCUGAAUACAGAGUCCCCAACUCCUGUCAUUAGUGAUAAAUCACGACUAAAAAAUCCGGAUCGAAUUGCAGUUAUACUAGAACAUCGUAAAUGGCAAAACGAAUUCUUACAAGCCAGAGACAAUUCAGCUAGUGCCGUAUACACUACUCAUAAACCUCGAGUUCCGCAGCGAACAGUCAAAUCGUUGAUUGGAUUGAAACCAAUUACAAUAAGAGAAAUGAAUCCAAUAAAGGAUCAUGUUUAUGAAGGAUAUGUACUUUCGGUAAAAAUCAUCGGAGAGGCUUAUUCGUGGAUGCCAUCAAUUCAUCUGGUGAUUGAAGAUGAACAUCUCGAUUGCAUAAAGAUAUGCGUUUAUGGUUUUCCUGAAGAUCAUGGAGAAUACUUUACUACUAAAGUGUUUAGAAUUGGUAGUAAAAUGAAUAUUAUUAAUCCAUAUCUACGAAUAGGUGCGAGUGACAGGAUACCAGUGAUUCGUGUCGAUGAUUUUUCAUCAAUUAUGAUGCAAAGUGAAUCCGAAUACAUAGUCAAUAUGUGUCGAUGUUGUGGAGAAGCAAAUGCACCAUGUGUUUGCAGUAAAUGUAAACAAGCACGUUAUUGUACAAAAGAAUGUCAAACUAUAGAUUGGAAAUUAUAUAAUCAUAAACUUAUAUGUAAGAAACAAUGA